GUCACGGGCGGCGCGCCGGUUGUGUCCCGGUGUGGCGGCGGCAUGGAGCGGGAGCCGGGGCCCGAGGGCGCGCGCCGGGCGCUGGGCCGCUGGCUGGAGGCGGUGCUGGCGAGCCGCGGCCAGGCCAACGCCGUGUUCGACAUCCUGGCCGUGCUGCAGUCUGAGGACCAGGAGGAGAUCCAGGAAGCAGUGCGCACGUGCAGCCGUCUUUUUGGGGCCUUGCUGGAGCGCGGAGAGCUGUUUGUGGGCCAGCUGCCCUCGGAGGAGACGGUCAUGGCAGGGUCCCGGGGAGCCAUGCGCAAGUACCAGGUGUGGAUGAGACACCGUUACCACAGCUGCUGCAACCGCCUGGGGGAGCUCCUGGCCCACUCCUCCUUUCAGGUCAAGGAGCUGGCCCUCAGCACGCUCAUGAAGUUCGUGCAGCUGGAAGGAACGCACCCCUUGGAGAAGCCCAGGUGGGAAGGCAACUACCUGUUCCCCCGCAAGCUCUUCAAGGUGGUGCUGGGAGGCCUGCUUUCGCCCGAGGAGGACCACAGCCUGCUGCUCUCCCGGUUCCGGGAGUAUCUGGAAUACGACGACAUCCGCUACCACACGAUGCAGGCAGCUGCGGACGCCUUGGCCCGGGUCGCCGACCGGCACCCUGAGGUGUCCCUCACCUUCUGGAACAACGCCUUCACGCUGCUGUCUGCCGUGAGCCUGCCCCGCCAGGAGCGCAACCUCUCCAACUUCUACGUGCCGCGUUCGGGGCCGUCGGACAAGUGGAAAGUCACUCACCUGAGGGAGCACAGGAAGGCUUUCCAGGCCAUGUGGCUCAGCUUCCUCAAGCACAAGCUGCCCCUGAGCCUCUACAAGAAGGUGCUGGUGAUCACGCACGACGCCAUCCUGCCGCACAUGGCGCAGCCCACCCUCCUGAUAGACUUCCUCAGCAGCGCCUGCGACCUCGGGGGCGCCGUCAGCCUCCUGGCCCUAAACGGCCUGUUCGUCCUGAUGCACAAGCACAACCUGGAAUACCCCGACUUCUACCGGAAGCUUUAUGGCCUCCUGGACCCGUCCGUCUUCCACGUCAAGUAUCGCGCCCGGUUCUUCCACCUGGCCGACCUCUUCCUGUCGUCCUCCCAUCUGCCCGCCUACCUGGUGGCUGCCUUCGCCAAGCGCCUGGCCCGCCUGGCCCUGACGGCGCCCCCUGAGGCCCUGCUCGUGGUCCUGCCCUUCAUCUGCAACCUGCUGCGCAGACACCCCGCCUGCCGGGUCCUCGUGCACCGCCCGCAGGGCCCCGAGCUGGACGCCGACCCCUACGACCCGGCGGAGGAAGACCCCGCCAAGAGCCGGGCCCUGGAGAGCUGCCUGUGGGAGCUGCAGGCCCUCCAGCGUCACUACCACCCUGAGGUGUCCAAAGCCGCCAGCGUCAUCAACCAGGUGUUGUCUGUCCCCGAGGUCAGCAUCGCGCCCCUCCUGGAGCUCACUGCGUACGAGCUCUUCGAGCAAGACCUGAAGAAGGGGCCCAGGCCGGUGCCUCUGGAGUUCGUCCCGGCGCAGGGCCUGCUGGGCCGGCAGGACGACCUCUGCACCCAGCACUUCACGCUCAGCUGACCCCGCCUUGCCCCUGCCCUUCCCGAAUAAACGGUUUUGUAGGA